UCCGUCCAAACAACCUAAAACAAGAGAAGUCCCUGCAUUUGCACCAUUUUCUAGUGUGCCCGUGCGCCACCAAAAAAAAAAAAAAGGGGUAGUAUUCUUUCUAUAUAUCUGCACGCCCAUAAAUUUUUUUCUUUCUUUUAAAGAAAAGAAAAAGAAAAAAAGAGGUACCCAAAGCCAAAAGUCUCUCUUUUAAUAACUUGAAGAGAAGAUGGCAAAUGGUGCCGGUUCUCCGUGUGGUGCAUGCAAAUUUCUCAGGAGGAAAUGUGCCGCGGAUUGCAUUUUUGCACCUUACUUCUGCUCAGAGCAAGGCCCUGCUAGAUUUGCUGCAAUUCACAAGGUAUUUGGUGCUAGUAAUGUAUCCAAGUUGUUAUUGCAUGUCCCAGUGCCUGAUCGCUGUGAGGCUGUUGUAACUAUAGCUUAUGAAGCUCAAGCAAGGAUCAGAGAUCCUGUUUAUGGCUGUGUUGCUCAUAUUUUCGCCUUGCAGCAACAGGUGGCAUACUUGCAAGCUCAACUGAUGCAAGCCAGAGCUCAGCUGGCGCAAACCAUGAUUGACUCAUCAAGAAGUGCGGAGAAUCACUGGCCAAAUAACAUGGCUGCAAUGGGUUCAUUUCAGACUUAUCCAACUUAUGCAAACUCCAUCUCGCCCCAGAGCUCAAUUUGCUCGCUUGAGUCCAUUGACCCCAGCAGCGAUGGAAUUGGAGUGCAAGAAAUGAUGAGAGGCUUAGAUGACAUUUCCUUCCAGGCAUAUGCCAGGAAAAGGCCUUCACAAACCGACCUGGGGGAACUUCAAGCACUGGCUCUUAGGAUGAUGAAAAACUGAGUCAUCAUCAUCCAUGAUAUCAGAGAUUGAUUUUCUAUGGCUUCAAAUUAUGUACAUAGAGAGAUUAGAAAUGAAGUUUGUGGCAGCAGUAUAGUUAAUUUACUUAGCCUCAAAUAGGCAUUUUUUUUUUGUUCUUUAGGUUUUUAUUUUUUCCCCCUUAAACCAAAUAUAAAGUGCAACGACUUUGAGAUGAACCCUAGUUAUCUGUGUCAAGUCUCGAAUCCGGGGAACUCAAAUCCUCUUACUGUGUUGACUUUUGGGCCCUAUCCA